AUGGAGGAGCAGGAGGUGGCAGUGGACUUGGUGGAAGAUUGGGAGGUGGAGCUGGCAGUGGACUGGGAGGAGCUGGGGGUGGACUGGGAGGAGGAGCUGGAGCUGGAGGGUAUAGGCGUGAAUUGGGGAACCCAGGCUUCACAAAAUAUGCAACCCAGCACGAUAGUUCAAAUUCUUAAGGACAACAAAAUUGAUCAGAUAAAACUGUUUGACUCGGAUCACUGGAGUGUCAAAUUCUUUGCAGGAACCGGGAUUGAGGUCAUGCUUGGCAUUCCUAACAACCACUUGGCUGAACUUUCCAAUGAUUAUGAUAGGGCCAAAGAUUGGGUCAAAGAAAAUGUUACCAAGCAUUUAUAUGAUGGAGGAGUAAAUAUUAAGUAUAUUGCUGUUGGAAACGAGCCAUUCUUGAAGGCUUACAAUGGUUCAAAUUUAAAGACAACUUUCCCGGCAUUAAAGAACGUUCAGAAAGCUCUCGAUGAAGCCGGUCUUGGGGACAAAAUUAAAGUAACCACACCCCAAAAUGCAGAUGUAUACGAAUCAGGUUCCAAUGCUCCAUCUGCUGGCAAUUUCCGUUCAGAUAUAAAAGAAAAUAUGAUCCAAAUUCUGAAGUUUUUCAAAGAAAAUAACUCGCCUUUUCUUGUCAACAUAUACCCAUUUCUAAGUCUCUAUCAAAAUCCUGGUUUCCCUGUGGAAUUCGCCUUCUUCGAUGGUGGUGCGAAACCAGUUCAGGACAAGGGAAUUUCAUACACCAAUAUGUUUGAUGCAAAUUUAGAUACCCUUAUUUGGUCAUUGAGAAAAAUUGGUAUCCCAAAAAUGAAAAUCAUUGUUGGGGAGAUUGGUUGGCCAACUGAGGGACACGUCAAAGCCAAUGUCAAACUAGCUAAAAAAUUCUAUGAUGGAUUCUUCAAGAAAAUGGCAAUGAAAAAAGGAACCCCUCUUUAUCCUGGAGAUAUCGAGUAUUAUUUGUUUAGUCUCACAGAUGAGAACCAAAAGAGCAUUGCACCAGGCGAUUUUGAGCGCCACUGGGGCGUAUUUCGGUAUGAUGGACAGCCAAAGUUUCCAAUGGAUUUCACUGGCCAAGGUCACGACAAAAUGCCGGUAGGCGCAAAGGGCGUCAAGUACUUGGAAAAACAGUGGUGCGCAUUCAACAGUGACAUAAAGAACAUGAGUCUUGUUCCGGACAACCUAGGUUAUGCUUGUGCGAUGGCAGAUUGCACAGCACUGAACUAUGGUUCUUCGUGCAACAAACUGGGCAGCAUACAGGCCAACAUUUCCUAUGCUUUCAAUAUGUAUUUCCAAAUGCAGAAUCAGGAUGUGGAGGCUUGUAGUUUCCAGGGUUUGGCAAAGAUUAUUGAGACUAAUGCUUCCACAUUGGAAUGUCUCUUUCCAAUCGCGUUAGAGAGUGCCGGUACAAGGCUGUGGAUGCAGACAGGACCAAGCAUUCUUGCUGGAUUGUUGGUUUUCCUUGCAUUGUUUUAG